GAGCAAACUCACGGCGUGAGCAAAUCCGCCAUUUUACAUCCUUCAGAGUGACAGACCGGAGCCGGACUCGUGCCGGGAGUUGUGCACCUUUCUCUUUUUUUGGAAAACUUUUCCCUUCCAAAAUAACCCAGGCCGUACAGUUUGGAUACCCGUUAACAGAUUUCUGGAGACAUGGCCUCUGAACAUAUUAAUGGAAAUGGUACAGAAGAACCCACGGACACCUCUGAUGCAGUUACCCAUUCUGAACACUUCCAGACUUUAUUAGAAGCUGGUUUACCACAGAAAGUUGCUGAAAAACUAGAUGAAAUUUACCUAGCAGGUUUGGUAGCGCACAAAGACCUAGAUGAGAGGGCAUUGGAGGCGUUGAAAGAGUUUAAUGAAGAAGGCGCCCUGCAAGUUCUGCUGCAGUUCAAGGACAGCGACCUCUCGCAUGUUCAGAACAAAAGUGCCUUUCUCUGCGGAGUGAUGAAGACCUACAGACAGAGGGAGAAACAGGGGACCAAAGUGUCAGAUUCCAAUAAAGGACCAGAUGAAGCAAAAGUAAAGGCGCUCCUGGAGAGGACCAGCUACACGCUCGACGUAACGACGGGCCAGCGGAAGUACGGCGGGCCACCUCCGGAGUCCGUCUAUUCGGGAGCCCAGCCCACCAUUGGCACAGAGAUUUUCGUGGGGAAGAUCCCACGGGACUUGUUUGAGGAUGAGCUGGUCCCGCUGUUCGAGAAGGCGGGGCCCAUCUGGGACCUGCGCCUCAUGAUGGACCCCCUCAGCGGGCUGAACAGGGGAUACGCCUUCGUCACCUUCUGCACUAAAGACGCAGCUCAGGACGCCGUGAAGCUGUGUAAUAACAGCGAAAUUCGGCCCGGGAAGCACAUCGGCGUGUGCAUCUCCGUGGCCAACAACAGACUGUUCGUGGGCUCCAUCCCCAAAAGCAAAACGAAAGAACAGAUCGUAGAGGAGUUUGCCAAAGUCACAGAGGGUCUUAACGACGUCAUACUGUACCAUCAGCCGGACGACAAGAAAAAGAACAGAGGCUUCUGCUUCUUGGAGUACGAAGACCACAAAUCUGCGGCCAUGGCGCGGCGGCGGCUGAUGAGCGGCAAGGUGAAGGUGUGGGGCAAUGUGACGGUGACGGUGGAGUGGGCCGACCCCAUCGAGGACCCCGACCCGGAGGUCAUGGCCAAGGUGAAAGUUUUAUUUGUAAGAAACCUAGCAAGUACUGUAACGGAAGAAAUACUUGAAAAGACCUUCACACAGUUCGGAAAGUUGGAGCGGGUGAAGAAGCUGAAGGACUACGCCUUCAUUCACUUCAACGACAGAGAUGGAGCGGCGAAGGCACUGGAAGAAAUGAACGGCAAACACCUGGAAGGAGAGCACAUAGAAAUUGUCUUUGCGAAGCCCCCGGACCAGAAGAGGAAGGAGCGCAAGGCCCAAAGGCAGGCUGCCAAAACGCAAAUGUAUGAUGAUUAUUAUUACUACGCCCCCCCACACAUACCAUCCUUCUCUAGAGGUAGAGGGCGGGGAAGCAGGGGGAGCUACUCCUACCCCACCGAAUACUAUGGCUAUGAAGACUACUAUGACUACUACGGCUAUGACUACCACAAUUACCGCGGCGGCUACGAAGACCCUUACUACGGCUACGAGGACUAUCAAGUCCCCGCCAGAGGCCGGGGCGGCCGGGGGGGCCGGGGAUCGGCCCCGCCUCGCGGCAGGGGGGCGUCGGCAUCCCCGAGGGGCAGGCCCGGCUUCUCGCAGCGAGGGGGUCCCGGAUCGAGCAGAGGGACGCGAGGGGCCAGAGGAGGCUCUCAGCAGAGAGGCCGCGGGGCAAAAGGGGUCGAGGCCGGUCCUGACCUGUUUCUUUGAAGACUGACUCGCUACGUGGGGUUACGCCGGAAGCUGCCACUGGACGCGAUGGUAAGGUCGACACGAUGGUCCAAUGAUAUUCCAGCCUUAAAGAAGACGCCUAUCUCCCAGACUGCCACAUUAAAAAGAUCCACAGCAAUUUGAAGAUGUUACUUGCUUGGAUUUUAUUUUAUUUUUUACUUUCUUGUGGAAAAGAGCCUUGAAUUUAGCAAUUACAACCCCCUUCCCCUCCCCAAAAAAUGCCAUUGUAAAAUGAUUGAAGAUUUUCAGAUUUUCUGAAAAGAUAGUCAACCUGAAAUGUCUUUUGCACUUUUUAAGUUUUCUUGAUUUGAAGUGGCUCAGAAGGAGCUUGAUGCUUUUGUAUGUUUUUGUGUUUAUUUGCAGCUUUAUGUUGGGAUGUCCAUGUUGUAAUCUUAAUUAUUUUAGAUUUUGGAUAGGUUUGAAGAACAUUUGCAGAUUUUUAGGUGUAACCACCUGGCGCGAGUUGUCAGGCAUUCCAAGUUAAGUUGUUCUUUUCAGAACUUGUCUUUAAAGGGUUGGUUAACUACCUCAGUACAGAGGACGGAACUACCCUGCCUGUACUGUAAAUAGGGGUGACGAUAUUGAUGAAAGCAGGACCUGUUUCUUCACGAAAUAUGCACACAGGCAACAGCAGUACGUGUACUAAAUUUAAUAUAGUACCUUUGCUGCUGUUUCGACACUGCAGACAGUCAAACUGGGCGUGAUGAGCGUAAACAUGCCCUGCUUUCAUCCCCAUUUAAACUGAGGUAGCAUCUUUGCAUCUUCAGAUUAUGUAGUUACUGGUUGUAAGAUAGUUUGAAGAAAGAAAAAAAAAGUUACUUUUGUAAAAGCUUGAAUAUCAGAAACGGUAUCAAAGCCCGUCGGUUUCCUUUUCUCCCCAAAGGAAUACGCCGGAAUGGUUUUUUUGUAGUCCUACUAAUGCAGAGGCUUCAUCUUAGCGAUUAUGUUAAGUACCUUUGAAGUCCUGCUCGUCUGUACGGACCCCGUGAUAAUCAUGCACAGCCCGACAAAAACAUUGCAAACUUGUGGCCUUUUUUCAUCAGGUACCUAGCGCAGAAUGCGCAUAGACGGUCACGCCUUGAAAGGGCGUGAGAGAAGCUGCGUUUAGCAGCGUCCAGUUUAGAAAGGGAUGCCGCGGCUUUGAUUCAUAUUCCACAUAUUGCAAAAAUACAACUGCUCACCCCACGUUUGUAGUUAAAUCCCUAUCAGUAAGCCUACCAUUACAACAAACCUUUGAGUAAACUAAGAUGUUAUCAAGUUUAAACUAUUGUUGGUGGCCAACAACCUUUUUUUGCAUUCCUGCAAAUAAAUCGUUUUAUACUGUAAUAUGCGGUGGGUGUAACUUAUUUUUGUAAUAAAGUUUUUGAUUUCUA